AUAUUAUAAUAUAUAUAGCUUUUUCAUAAUCAGAUCGUGAUAGCGAUGCAAUAAAUAAAUUACCUAUAUUGGUCACCAUAUUGUUUUUUUUCAAUCGCUGCGCUAUCAUGGCUUUGUACGCUUGGGCUCUUCUUGCACUUGUUGCAGCGGUCUCCGCCGACGUGUCCAGAGUCUUAGAUGGCCAGGCGGUGGCCAUCGAGAGCUAUCCCUUUGUCGUGCAGGUGGACUUCCUCCAGCCGGGAGGCGUCUGGAGCCAGGCGUGUGCUGGAGCCCUCAUCAGCACCAAGUGGACCUUGAGCGCUGCGCAGUGCUUCAGUGGGGCCUCCUACCCUGGCGUGACCCACCGCCGUAUCCGCGCCGGCACCGCCAAACGCAACAGCCGAGGCGUGCUUUACACCAUCGCCCGCAUCAUCAACCACCCAGACUACGGACUAGCGGCGCCCAGAGACUCUGACGUCAGCCUGGUUGAACUGUCCACUCUGGCUACCCUGUCUAGUACUAUUCAGACGGUUUCUAUCAAUGUGGCUGGGUCGGAGCUGCCUGGUACGACUGCGGUGAGGCUGCUUGGAUGGGGACAGAUUAGGCUCAACGGGCCCUCCUCCUUACAACUACGUGACGGCAUCGCCAACAACCUGGCUCUGGAAACCUGCGCGUCUCGCUACGACCGUGGAUCCAUUACCACCAACAUGUUCUGUACCUUAUCCAGCUCUGCUGAAGAACAGACCAGUUGCCAAGGAGACAACGGUGGUCCAGUGGUGCUAAACAAUGUCGUCGUAGGCCUGGUCUCUUGGGGCAAUGGCUGCGUGGUCAGCUCUUACCCGGCCGUUCAUACUAAGGUAUCUGCGUUUACUAACUGGAUUGUGGCUAACGCUGUCUAAUGGGAGAGCCAAUAUUGUAUAGAAAGAAAUUGAAGUUCCCAUUUUAAGUGUAUAAGAUUAUUAUGGGAAAUAAACUGUUAAACCUUAUAUUAGAGGAUAGGUACAAAAGUUGGGUUUAUCGCUGGAAGAGAUCGAUUGAUAAGACCACCUUUUGUAUCCUAAUUAAGCUGUGACUUGUUAAUUUAUUAUUGUUUUUGGUGUUCAAUAAAGAGUACUAUGUCUAUCAUACAGGAUUAAAUGUUUUGAUUAAGA